CAUCCUCCAGACGCACGCGGGUUCGUGAAUGUCGUUGGAGCUGAUCGGCAGUUCUCCUGCCUUUUAGUUUUCGAAGUGGCGCUGUUUAGUACUCCGCGGCAGCACAGGUUUUGGUACAAUGGAAAACCAGUAUGGAGCUGUGAACUGGGGCCACUACUAUAUGGGAGGUGGACCACCUGUCCCUUGGUACCACUAUCCUCCACCUGCAUCAUUUCUCCAGCCAGGAUUUCAGCAUCGUUCCUGUGGCUUUAUAGUGCCACAAGGCUACAGCUUACAUCAAUCAUACUGGAAUGGGAACUACCAGAAUUGUGCCUGGCCAGACCCUUCUAAUGGAACCAUAAAGGAAGUAGCACCACCUGUGCCUAUCAAAGGAGAGAAAUUAGAGAAAGAAACUUGCCCCCUUGGCCCUGACAGUCAUGACCCUCUGCCUAUGGAUAUUUCACCAUGUGCAAGUCCUACACUAACCUCUCCGACAACAUGGGUGACAAACAUUUCUAGCAGUAACCUCUCCAGCAUGUCGCCAAAAAAAUGUGCGACAAAUGUCUCUAGCACUAGCCUCUCCGACAUAUCGCCAAUAAAAUCUCCAAUUUCCAGAACUGAUCUGAUGCUGAAAAAGGAUACAUUACGUGCCAGUCCGAAGACAUCAUGUGUGUUGAAAACGGUGAAAUUUCCUUCCAUUGAUUCAUCAGAGACAUCAUCAUCUGUAUUGUCAUUAUUGACAAAGUGCAAUGCUUGCAUGAAGACGUUGUUGGCGCAAGCCAAAGGCACUAACGUUACAGCUGAACCAUGUACAUGUCACACAAAGCAGGAAGUAGCUCCAGACUUUCAAAGUGAGCCUGAAAGUACAAUUGUAUAUGAACCACCAAAGACACAGGCUUUUGUCAAUGAUUCACUUAUGAAGCAUAAGCCUAAAGAGGUCACAGUAACUAGAAUGGCUGAGGAACCCCCGAAGCGUGUGGUAAUUCAACGAGUAGAUGGUGUGGCAAGGCUUUUUGCUGUCUCUGAUGAAAUACCCUUGCUGCAAAAGUCUGAAAAUAUCCAAACAAGAAAAACAGUCCAGCUACAAGAGAGUCCAUUCAUCACCAAAAGCAACAAAGGAGUGUAUUGCGACGCUCUUGCGAUUAAAGAAUCUUGUCUGGAGCAGUGGAGUAGUAGCACAGAUGAUCCUUUGAAGUCUGUACUUGAGACGGAAGGAAACUGUAUUGAAAAUGUAUGUCCAAAUGAGGCCAUCUCAGAAUAUAACACUUCACUGCAUACAUCCACAGAACCUGUUUCGGAGCACAAGAAUGCAAGAGCUCACUGUAGGAGACUGCGCGGGAAGCAAAAAGGGGAUAUGAAGGAUCAGUACUUUUUGAAAUGUGUACCUCCAGUAUUGGCUGGUGUAUCACCAUGUGACCUUGAAGAAGACAUGAAUGCCAGUAAAGACUGCUUAUUCCUCCAGUCGGCAGCUUUAGUGUCUACUGAUGCAGUAUUGUCAGCAAGCACCAGCUGCAUGCAAAAGGCAGCAAAUUCUGAAGUGUCUCAUCUUGCCCAUAGGGCUCAGAAAUGCACCGACAAUAGCUUGCGAACCUUCAAGAGCACUGAACACAGCCCAACAAACCAGUGCUCCUUCUCCGACAUCUCAUCUCAUCAAAUGAACUGUGGGCAAGAAGUUAGUCAAGCAAGUGUGACUGUUAGUGACGUGUGUUCAAGUACAUGCAUUGAUAAACUUUGUACCAGUGAUGUGGUUGUAGGAGGAAAGGUGACAGGCGUCUAUACAUCAGGACCAGUGAUUGAGCGAUUAUUUACUUCUAUUGAAAUGAAAGUGGAUCCGAAAUUCGGUGGUCGUGUGGAACAUAUAGAUGUACCAUUGGAGCUUCUAUCACAAGUUGAAAAGCUUGACGAAGGCUGGAUAUGCUCUUUUGAAUGAUUGUUGUAUAUAAUAUGUAAAUCCGGUAAUGAAUGUUCAUAUGUAUGCGAAUAUAAGCAUGUGUUGCUUCCUACAUUAUUUUUUAAGUCAUUAGGCAAGGUAAGUGCAUUGUGCCAUAUAUAUAAAGGUAAGUUGCAUGGCGGUUCUUGAAGCAUGAGAUGGAAAGAAAAGCAUUGUUCAAAAUGAUUUUGGAGGAAUGGCCGGAGCCCCCUUUAACCCAGGGCGCCACUGGCCUCGACAGCCCGCUUUACCCGGUGUAUGAAGGACUGUUGCCCCCCAGGUCUGAGCUGGUUAGUUCUGCAUCCCAUUGCUCGAUUGUGUAACUUGUUUUGUCACAGAUGUGUUGUAGUGUGAAGACACUGUAGCGUGUGGGGAACAUGGUAAUUUGUAAUUUAAGGUGGGGCAAUACCUCGGUUUGAUUCUUGUGCCUGCUGGCGGCUUCCUCUCCACUGAGUUGUGGAUGUGGGGUUUUUCUUUUUUUUUUUUUCUGGUUGUGCACUGAGUAAUUCGGGCAUUCGUUUUAUUCAUGCCAUUACGGUGAAUUACCAGGACCAUUCCAAUCGAGUCUGCCCUGUUAAUAAUCCCUUGGGCUAACAAAUUGGCCAUGGCACCAUACGACCUGUUGAUGGCGAAUUUUGGCGGUGCUAUUGACUUGUUUUGGUAACGCGGCCCCUAAGAAGCGUGCGACAUUAUUCUUGCUGGUCUGAUUAUGGUGGCUCUCUUUUGCAUGCGUUCUGCAUGAGCGAGGGUCGUCACGGCGAAUGUUUCGGCAGCAUCCAUAGUCUGCCCCGAUGGAUGCCGCGAAUUGUAGGCCUUUGGUGUAGAGCGCCACUGUGUACUGCUUGUUUUUUUGUUGCGUUAUCGUGUUGGUAGUCUUGGCUUGCUACGUGCGAGUUAGUAUUUGAUGUGGUUUGUAUCGGUUCUGCGGCCGAUUGUUUGUGAUCUUAUUCGAGCCGUUGUAUUUUUUUUGUGUGUGUGUGUGAGGCGUCCCUCUAGCUCCUGAUUUUCUCGCCGGAUCGCUGUCGUUUGCGUUCCUCGUCUCGGAGUUCUCAGUAGCUGCGCAUUCUGUUUAAUUAGUUCAUAACCGGGAUCUCGCUGUGUGUUUGGUGUGUGUUGCGGAGCAGUGGGAGGCAACCUUUGCCCAGCUCCUCCGCAGGGCAAACCGGGAAUUUUCGGAGAAUUUGAAUAGUCUGGAAAUACUCGGGAAUUUGUGCUUCUAUCAGGUAAAAUUAGCUGUAACUUUUCUGAAACGGAAGGAAAGUCGCGGUAACGCUGGCUCGAGUAACAGAGGAAUCGUAACGAAUCGUCUUUGAUACCGUGUUGUCUGCUGGAGGAGUUGCCAGUGUACAGUGAACGGCCGACUUUCCGGACACCCCAUAAUUCGUACAGCUUCGCGGUACCACCACGUACCCCAUAGAUUCACGAACGUCUGAAAUUUCGGACGUAGGAAACCGUCUGGCCUUAGGUCCACAACGGCAUUAAUCAAAGCCGCCACCGCCGCCAUUUUGAUUGCCUCGCCGCCUCGAACCGGCGCUCUUGCACGCAAAUCUGCUGGCAGCCGUAACCACCACUGCGGCAACGCUAGGUCUAGCUGCUUCGACGUUCGCUGUUAAGCUUCUUGCCAUUCUGUGCCGUGUUUUUCAUUGAAUUUGCUGCUGCCAGCAAUGGCACAGACUCCGCCUUUGUAAUCCUCGCGGUCGGCUUCGAAGCUCGGAAAGCACAGCGUGUUGAAUAUAAGGCUGGUUUCCGAAAGUCUACUUCGCUUCAAUACAACAAUGUUACAUGGUGACACGCGCGAAAGUGUUGCAACGAAGCAUAAGCGUGGGAAGGGGCAAUUGUCGUGGGAUACAGUACAUACUCGUAUGUAUUCCUUAAUUGUACACUCAUACACCCACCAUCUCCUGUCGCAGUACGAGCACCGAUAUAGUUAGUAAGGUCAGAGCUUUUUGGGAUGUGCUUGUGGCGAUUUGAGACCUUAAGGUCGGGAAAAGACGCAUUCAUCUUUUAGAACUGCCCGAUUUUUCGGACGUUCUCGCGGCCGAUAGGGAGUCCGAAAAAUCGGACUUUGACUGCAACUGGCCAAAAGGAUGCUUCAAGUGGUCCGUAGGGUGAACGCGCGGCGGAAGGACGAGACAGGGUGUCUACCAACCGAGAAUUCUCGGGGAUUUUGAGUAGUCUGGAAAAACUCGGGGAAUUUGUGCUUCUAUCAGGGAAAAUUGCCUGUAAUUCUAUUGAAAGAGAACGAAAGUCACGGUAAUGCUGGCGCGAGUAACAGAGGAAUCAUAAUGAAUGGUCUUUGGCGCCGCGUCGUCGGCUGGAGGAGUUGCCACAGUUCAGUCAACGAGUGACUUUCCGGACGCCAGAUAAUUCGGACGGCUUCGCGGCACCACUACGUACCCCCAUAGGGUCAAUGUAUAAGAACUUCUGACAUUUCGGACGCAAGAACCCUUCGCCGUCAGAGUUUCCGGACUUUUUGCCGUGACCGCAGUUCCGAAACGGCGUUAAUAGAAGCCACAACCGCCGCUAUUUUGACAACCUCGCCGCCUCUAACCGGCACACUCGCACGCAGAUCCGCUGGCAGCCGUACACUCUUAGACAAAGUUACACCCUUUGGGGUGUAUAUCUGCCACAACAAUAAUCAUCUGCCUUGCUUGCGCUUCCUUAAAAACGCAGCGCCCGCUACUUUCCUUUCGGGAAUGCUAUGUCAUGCUGAUAACGCGCAUGCCGUUUGCUUCUGGGAAGUACCGGGCUCGCAGCGUUAAAGAAAGGAAAUGCGCACAGGACAGAUGACGUUUAUUGUGUGGCAAGAUACAACCCAGAAGGUGUAAUUUUGUUCUAGAGUGUAGCCACCAACGCGGCAAUGUAUAAGCAAUGCCUAGCUGCUUCGAGGUACGGCAUUAAGCUUCUUGCCGUUAUGUACCGUGUUUUUCAUUGAAAGAAUUCGCCGCUAUCAGCAAUGACACCGCCUAUAUAAUCACCACGAUUGGCUUCUAAAGUUAGGAAAGCACGACGUGUUGCAUAAUUCCGGUUCCUGAAAGUCAGCUUUGCCUCAUUACAGAAAUGUUACGGUGUGAAGCAUAAGUGUGGGAAGGGGCAACUAUCACGGGACACAGUAUGUAUUCCUUAAUUAUACACGCGGGCACCCGCCAUCUUCUAUCACAGUACGAGCACCGAUAUGCCUAAUAAGUGUACUGGCAGGCUUUCAGAGCUUUUUCGGGCGUGCCUGUGGCGAUUUGAGCCCUGACGGGCUGUAGAAGACAUGCAUUCAUUUCUUCGGACGUUUUCGCGGCCCCUAGGGAGUCCGAAAAAUCGGACGCUGGCUGUACAACUGUCCAAGAGGAUCCUUCAAAUAGUCCGUGUGGCGAACGCGCAGCCGAAGGAGAACAAGAAGACAAAGGACCUACGCAUUGAGAAAUGAACGGGAAAGGAAGCAUGCCGCUUUUUUGAAAGUGCUUGUACGCUGAAAGCGAAGUGUUGGCUGACACCUAGAUGCAGGUGUCCUUCAUCCAAGCAAAAAGUUCUUUAAAACAGUGAAACGAAACACUGAGGCGUUGAGCGCGCGUUGAGAGUAUGUCGGGACAGUUGAGGUUGGCUUACCAGUUGCGAGAGAAUCUCAGUUCCGAUAAAGUUUAGGCCUCAUACCAAUUAGCUUGCUAUCAGUAGAUAGAAAUAGCUCAUAUUCGGAAAUAUUCUGUAUACAUCUCCUUUUUAUUUGUAUUUGAAAAUGUUCGACUCGAUUUGCAAUAGGUUUUACUAUUUCUUUCGAAGCUAUUUUAUUCGCUGUGCAUUUUACUAACCCCUCCCUUCUGUUUUCUUUUUGAAUAAAAUAAACACUACCCCUUACUACCCAAACUGAAUUAAGUUUAUUUUUUAACAUGCUUACUAGAGAGUGACACCAUUGGCCGACAUGAUGUAGGGAGCCCAUCUUGACAUAAAACGAAGUUCAGGGAAUAUUGCAAAGGCACUCGGGGAAAAUCUGGAAAACUCGGGGAAUUUGGAAAUGUCAACUUGGUAGACACCUUGCGAGAACAGGAAAGGACCUACGCAUUGCGGAAUGACCGAGAUAGGAAGCGUUCCGCCGCUUCUUUGAAGAUACUUGAGCUCUAAACACAACGUUGGCUGACGCCGAGAUCCAGGUGUCCCUCAUCCAAACCAAGAUAAACUCUUUAAAGCAGUGAAACGCAACACUGAGGCGUGCGCGGGCUGAGAAUAUGUCGGGAUAGUUAAGGUUACGUUACCAGCUGUUGAGAGAGAAUCUCACUUGUGACAAAGUUAGGGCCUCGUACCCUACCAUACCCAACUGAAGCUUGCUAUCAGUUGAUAGAAAUAGCUCGUAUUCUAAAAUGUUUGCUUCUGUAUGCAUCUCCCCUUUAUUCGUAUUUAAGAGUGUUCGGCUCGAUUUGCAGUGGGUUUUACCAUUCUUUUUUCGAAGAUAUAUUAUUCGCUGUGCAUUUUACUAACCCCUUCUGUUUCGUUUUUUGAAUAAAAUAAACUGCUCAUUAUUCAAACUGGA